ACGGUUUUUACCUUAAAAUAAAGCCUAGCGUGUUUAUAAAACUCACCACCAUUUCUAGAUUACGUUACCACCAACAACAACAUAUACAUAUCUACCUAAGUCCCUACCUGUCUGUCCCUUUGCCUCAAGACUCUUAGAAACUGCAUCUGGGUGUGUGUACAAAUGGAGCAGGAUCAGAGAAAUAAGAAGAGAGCAAGAGAAGAUGAUGAUGGUGAGAAUGAGAUUGGUUCUUCUUUUGAGAAUAACAACAGCAAUGCAAAGAAGAGAGAUGUGAAUGGCAUGAGCUUCAUGAAGAAGAAGGAGGAGGAGGAAGUGGAAGAGAAUGGUUUUUUCAAGGGUUGGGAUUCUUCCCACUUUGCACUGGGAGUGUUUGAUUUCCCUUGGCUGAAAGAUGGUGGGGUUAUGUCCAAUUCAGAUGACUGGUUCUUGGAUUUUGAAGACAAUUUCUUGCAAUCUCACACUUCCUCUAGAAAUGAUCAUGGUGGUGUUGAUAUCUUUGAGGAAUGUGGAUUGUGUAACAUUCCAGAAGCUUCAAGUUCUCAUGUUCAAGAUGCCAAGUUUUUGGAGGAUGAUGUAGGGCAACAAUUUGAGGGUAAUGGGUUGGAGCUGGAAGCAGAAGAUGUGGAUUGCAUUUGGAGCUCUCUGCUAAAUAAGCCUAUUUGAUCACAGAAACAGCAACAUUGUGGUAUUUUUGUUAUGUUAAUAGUUUUCCACCCACAAUCUUCAAGCAUGUUUGGAUCAGCUUCUCUUUCAUCAAAAAUCAAUUCUGAAAUCGAGAAGCUUCUGACAUAAGCUUUUUCCUAAUAACUGAUCUUGGCUUCAGAUCAAUGAUGAAUAUCUCAACACUGGAGUUUAGUGUCCAUUAGUAUUCUAGUCCUAGAUUUUUUUUUGUACUACUCCUUUCCCCCCCUUCAGCAUGGUUUUUUACUUGGGGAAGCCAUCACAAAUUUUGUUAUACUUUGUCUUCAAUUGUCUAAAUAAAAUUAGAUGAACCUGUAUGCUAUAGUCAAUUAAAAUAUGGGACUUGUAUUGAUGCAGCAUUCAAUUUGCUUCUGCAUUUACUACUUGUUUUAUGUAGGACAUGUAUCUUCUUUACAUGUGUAAUUCCUGAUACUUUCCUAGAUGUAUAAUGGAUCAACUUAAAGCAGAAUUAAA